AUGCCACUCUUUCUCCCAGGUUUCAUUAAGACACAAAUCUUAAAGAAUAUUGGUGUCAUCCCAGGUCAAGAUCCAAAGAGAAAGAGAAGAAUACUAUGCUGCUUUGGACAAGCAACCAAUCGACGAUGCCAACAUCUAAACUAUAGAUAG